AUGCACGGCAUCAAUCCGCAACUACCUCAACGGCGUUCGGCUGCUGCAUUUAUUCGUCUCCGAGACCCCACUUUCACUCGACUCAUUCGAACUGCGCCUUGUCCUCCGGGGAAUACAGCGCACCAGCCUCGCCGCAAGUUGCCUAUCACACCGGAUAUCCUUCUUCGAAUUCAUCGUCUCUUGGACUUUACACGCCCGCUUCACGUUACGCUGUGGUCCGCUUUCCUCAUCGCAUUUUAUUCGUUCCUGCGCAAGUCCAACCUGGUGCCCCCUUCAGAUACAGCUUACGACGCCCGCAUUCAUCUCUCGCGGGGCAGCGUCGGAUACAACACCACAGGUUUGAUCAUCCGUAUCACAUGGUCCAAAACCAUACAGUUCGGCGAACGGGUUCUGCACAUUCCCAUCCUGGCUAUCCCUGGCUCCGCCCUCUGCCCAGUAUCAGCCUACAAGCAGAUGGUGGACAUGUUGCCAGCACCUUCAGAAGCUCCCCUGUUCCUUGCGCCGUCAUCUACCGGCAGACUGCAUCCUUUGACCUACCAGUCUUUUGUCCGACAUCUGCGAUCAUUGCUCAGCUCCACAGGGCUGGACCCAAACAGUUACUCCGGUCACAGCUUUCGUCGCGGAGGUGCCUCCUUCGCAUUUCAGUCGGGCGCAGACCCUGAAGCAAUUAAAGCGCAAGGCGACUGGCGCUCACAAGCUUACCUGCUCUACAUGGAAUCUUCAUUCGGUCGUCGCCUCAGGACGGCAUCAUGCAUUCGCGCUGCUAUCAAGUCUGGCCAAGUCGAUCUGACACUUUGA